AUGGCCUCCUCUUUUCUUCUCUCGAACCCAUCUUUUACCUCAGCCCGUCAUCCCAAUAACCCAACCUCUAGACGACAACCUCUUACGCUUAGGCCUACCUCAGCUUUUACUCUCCUAAAUCCAACAAAACCACCAUCUAAUUAUAAUCCAAAAUUCCUCAAGCCCACACUUCCUUUUCUGGGUUUCAAGAAAUUUGCCGCAAGAAUUUCCACUGGAGAUGCUGACACUGAUACCUCUGGUCCCCCACCGUUUGCAGGUGAGGAUUCAGCCGUGUUCGAAUUGGGGAAGCAGAAGAUAACUUCUUGGAUAUAUUUCAGUUUGAUUUUGGGUGUUGUUUUGUUUGUGCUUGACGUGGGUUGGAUUGACAACUCUACUGGGUUCGGAAAGGACUUCAUCAGUGCUGUUUCGAGUCUCUCAGAAAGCCAUGAGGUGAUAAUGUUCAUCCUCAUUCUCAUCUUUGCCACUGUCCAUAGUGGCCUGGCGAGUCUUAGAGACAUGGGUGAGAAACUUAUUGGAGAACGUGCAUAUCGUGUUUUGUUUGCAGGAGUUUCUCUUCCAUUGGCUGUUAGCACUGUUGUGUACUUCAUCAAUCACAGAUAUGACGGCAUCCAGUUAUGGGAUCUUCAAAGUGCUCCUGUGGUGCAUCAACUUGCGUGGCUUUCUAAUUUUAUCUCUUUCUUCUUCCUUUAUCCGUCAACCUUUAAUCUGUUAGAAGUAGCAGCUGUUGACAAGCCUAAAAUGCAUCUUUGGGAAACUGGAAUAAUGAGAAUCACCAGACACCCACAGAUGGUUGGGCAGGUGAUGUGGUGCUUGGCUCAUACAGUUUGGAUUGGGAACUCUGUAACUGUUGCUGCAUCUCUUGGUUUAAUCGGACACCAUUUAUUUGGUGCUUGGAAUGGAGACAGGAGAUUAGCAAUAAGAUAUGGGGAGGCUUUUGAAUCUGUAAAGAGGCGAACAAGCAUAGUCCCUUUUGCAGCUAUCCUUGAUGGUCGUCAGAAGUUACCUAAAGAUUAUUACAAAGAAUUUUUGAGGCUGCCAUAUUUGUUGAUUACUGCAUUGACUCUAGGUGUAUACUUUGCCCACCCACUUAUGCAGGCUGCCAGUUUCCGGCUUCAUUGGUAG